AUGCCGCUGCAAGUUGCCCUGUCUAUGGCCUGCGUCACCGCCAUUUCUGCAUUCUUGGUUGGAUUUUUUCACUUUUUGGACAGGUUAUGUAAGACGCAUAACUGGACACGGAAGGCGCGCCGUGGACUGCCGCCCGGACCACACGGCUGGCCGGUGUUGGGUAACAUGCUGGUCAUGUGUGGCGAGGCGGUACACGGGCGUCUGCAGGAAUUAGGAAAGAGAUUCCAGGGAAUGUUUACGUUACGACUCGAUUUUAAACACCUGUUUGUAAUUUGCAGGAAGGUAAUUAUGUUGACAUCCUAUCAGCGUUUCCGCGAAUUCCUCGUUGACCACGCAUGGGAAUUCGCGGGUCGGCCUCCGGAAUUGCAUUUUGAUGGUGUUCCCGUCAAAGGUAACGUUUUUCUCUCCAUUAUUUGUCUGCAGUGCAUUGUCGCGGCGGGUAUGGACGAGGACGCCCGCGCCAUCCGCAAAUUCACCCUGGUCACCCUGCGCUCGUUCGGUUUCGGCAAGACCUCCAUGCAGGACACCAUGUUACUGGAGACCACGAACCUUCUCGACGCGCUCCGCCAACACACCGGCCGUCCGCUCAACCCGCGCACCCCAAUCGCCAACGCCUCGGCCAAUGUCAUCGCCGGGGUCCUCCUGGGCAAAACCUUCCCGCACGGGACCGACGGUUUCCGGGAUCUCAUGGAUUCGCUCCUGCAGGGCGUCGAGGUUAUGACCAUUAAGGAGCAGAACUUGUAUCUGCCCUUUUUGAAGCCGUUCUUAAAGAAAAAGUACCAGCAGCAUUUGGGGCGUUUCCUGUAUGGAAUCGGUAUCCUGGCGGAUACAGUGAAGGAGCAUGUCGGAAUCCGGGUGUCCGGAUUGCCGCGCGAUUUCAUUGACUGCUGGCUGCAGCACGCGGAGCAAUCGGCGAAAGGGCCGUUCGAUCAGCAGCAUCUGACCAGUGUGGUCUUUGAUAUGUUCACCGGCGGAUUUGAGACGACCUGCAGCACAAUUCUAUGGGUUAUGUCCAUGAUGCUGCACCAUCCGGACAUUCAACUACGCAUGCAGAAAGAGAUCGACAAUGUGGUCCGUGCCGAUGAGCGGGUCACGCUGGAGCAUCGGGAUCAGCUGGUCUAUACGGAAGCGGUUAUUCUGGAGACCAUGCGCAAGUAUCCCCUAUUGCCGUUCAGUGUCCCUCAUGCCAGCACGAUGGACACCAGUGUUGCCGGCUAUCAUAUCCCUGAAGGUACCCGCGUCAUGGUCCAUGUCUACUCCAUCCACCACGACCCAGCCUUGUGGACUGACCCCGCGACCUUCCGACCGGAACGUUUCAUCACGGCCAACCAGACAUUGACCGUGCCGGAAUUCUUCAUUCCCUUUGGUGCUGGCCGCCGGUCUUGUAUCGGCGAGCAGCUGGCCCGUAAGGAGCUCUUCUUAUUCAUCGCCAACAUCCUCCAUACCUUCCGCAUCCGCCUCCCGGAAGCCGCCGCUCUGCCGUCCCUCCAGGGCAGCGCCGGUGUCGUCUUCUAUCCACCGCCAUUCGAAGUAGUCCUGGAAGAAAGAAGCGGCUGA